AUGAAUUAGAAUAGCAAUCGUACACUAAAAGAUUCUUUAAGGUCCCCCACAGAGACUCAUAACUCUUCUGGCAAUGAGCACUCAUAAGGAAACAAUGAUUUUGACAGUCAAGCGAAUCUUACAUCUAAUUCCUAGGUUGCCUAGAGUGAGAAUAGAAAGUUUGAAGGUCUAAACAAAGAGAGUAACAUGCAAAGUCUACCGCAAAAUGAACAACUGAUACACUUAGCCAAUUAAAACUCUCUGCUAAAGUAGAUUGAUUCGCAGAUGACAACCUUCUAACAAAUCUAAAACAAUAAUAAGAUAGUCUCAAGUGAUGUUAAGCAAAUCCAUUAUGGUUUCAAUCCAUCACAUAAGAUGACAGAAAUGAAUGGUGAAGAUUAAUAUUCUUCGAAGUAGUCGCUUAACAAUCUAUAAAGCAACCAGCUAAACAGAACUAAGGAAGAACUUAAAACACAUGAUAACGCUCUUCCCAUUAGCCACCAGUCUGCAUUCACCGCACCUAAUAAACCAUCAAUUUUUUCACAGAUUUUGCAGGCAAGUUAGGUCGGAUCCUAAAAUGGAAACAUGAAUGCACAGAAUCAAGGGCAAUCAUAAACGUGUCCCCCAUUUGGUAAGAUUCCGACAAAUUUAGAUCAAUGUAACUAAAAAUAAGGCUUUUUUAGUUUGAUAUCCCAACCUCAAUUUAACAUUUCAAACGAAAGUAACUCCUCACUCAAUACUUAGCAUGAACUUAGAAAGAGGAAUGAUUUUCUUAGCAGUUAGCAGCAAAGUCCCGGUCAAGUUUCCACUAAUCAAGGUAGAUGGAACAAGCAGGAGCACAUCAGAUUUCUUGAGGCUUUGAAGCUGUACGGUAAAAACUGGAGAGAUGUGUAAAAGCAUGUAUAGACAAGAUCAAGUACCCAAGCGAGAUCACACGCUUAGAAGUUCUUUGUGAAGCUAUAGCGCAAGGGAGAAGUUUUUGAAUAGUUUUUGGAUCGAUUAGACAUCUCAAAUUUGAAAAAUAUGCCUAAUGAAAUGAUUGAGUACGAUGAUGACGAUGAUGUAAACGAUAGUACUUUAGGAUCAAAGAGAAAUGCCCCUCCUGUUUCUGUUAACUAACUUGAAAAGAAGGAGGGCAUAGCAGCUUCAAAGUUUAAAAAUGAUUCAUCAAAAUAAGGCAAUAAGAAAGAGAAAAAACUAGCAAAUUAGAUUGAACAAUUUAAUCAUAAUACUUCAGAAAAUCAAAAUUAAAUAUUUAAAACUACUGUCUAACAAUAGUAGUAAUAAUAAUUGCUCUCAGAAAUAAAAGAAGAGUAUCCUGAGAAGAAGAAAGAAUCUGAUCAAGAAUCAAACAUGAUUUAGAGCAGUGCUUUGAAGGGUUUUCAAACUUCUAUUUAAGCAAAUGAUAAGCAAAUUUAGAUUUAAAAGUUUCUCCAACUCUCAGAUUAGAUAAAGUUUACACAAUCACAGAUAAACUAACAAAAUCCUACGAGCUAACACAUUAAAAACCUUAUCAAUUAAGGUUCAUAAGUUGCCAGCCAUGAGAACUCAAGUUAGCCUAAAGAUGCCUAGAGGAUAGCAGCAUCGCCUGCUUAGUAAUAGAAAGUAGGGUUCUAGUAAGUGCAACAAUCUGCUUAAAAAACUGCAAUUCCCUCAGCUAUAAUAAGACCUCAAAGUAACCAUCUUGGAAUGGCUCCAUAAAUUCAACAGCAAAUAAUGGGAGGUUACCCCUAACCCUUUGGUUUUAGCAUGCAACCAUAUGGAGGCUAGAUGCCCUAUUAUUAACCAAUGCCGAUCUAAUACGCAAUUCCAGGGUAAUUACCAUUUUAUGCAGCUGGUGGGCAAGGCAUAGCCCCUAUAAUUUACAAUUCUUACGAGGAUCAGAUUCAGCAACUUUUUGCACAGCAGACUCCUAUAGUUUUCACACAGUUAGAUCCCAAUAAUCAGUUCCAAAUCAGUCUCUAUGGCAACUAACAAAUGUUUUUCUAGGACUAAAUGCAGCAAUAGCAAGUACAUGAUCUUUAAUCACCAUAAGAUCCAUAAGCAAUCAUGAACUAGCUCAAUCAGCAUUAAAUUAACCAUUAAUAGUAGCAAUAAUAACUUAUCCAAUCACAGAUACUACUGUAAUAGCAUCAACUACAAUAAAACGGAUAAAUUUCUGCAAUUAAUGCUGCACACCUAUUGUAGUAGCAUUAAUUAAACUAGCAAGAGUAGUAGAUUCAACAAUAGAAUGCUUAAAUCAAAGCUAACAAUGAAUUGCAAUAGUAACAAUAGAAGCAAAAUGCCAUUUAAGCAUUGACAUAAGAGUCUUUAGGAUAAUUUAACAAGCAGCCAUAGCAAUAGACUUUACAAGGAUAGAUGACGAGCAUUUAAAAUCAGUAAUUGAUGAAAGACGAUUAAAAAUUAGGAAACCAACCACACCUCCAGCAAGUUCAUUAAAUGUAGACAGCCUAAGAUACACUUUAAAACUAAUCAGGCUUCUAUCUGUAAAAUGGAACUCUUUAAUCAAGCCUUAUGCAAUAACAAUACACUUAACCCAAUAUUUAAUAGAUCCCAGCAUAAAAUGCUUAGCUUAAACAAAAUCAGUAGUAAUAAUAGCAGCAAGCCUAACUUGUGUAAUAAUAGUUGAAGAUUGAAUAGAAUGCAGUUGAUUAGCAAUAGCAGCAGGCUUUGAAGGUUGAAGAAUAGAAUCUUUUCAACAAGUAACAAAACUUAAAUUCUAAUGGAGCUAUUAUCAGCAAUAUUAGUCAAAUAGCUGAUGUAUAGUAGUAGCAGCAAUAAUAGCAGCUCUAACAUUAGGUAUGA